AUGUCUAGCAACAACUAUUCCAUCCAUUCCAUCGUCGCGGCGUACGGCCUCGGCAUCGCCCCGCACGGAUACUACAUCGUGAAGAUGAUGGCCAAUGCGAAGGGACAAUCCAGCAAUAUUCUCCCUCGAGAAAAUUUGUCCAAUUUGAAGGGGCGCAUUUCCAGUCAAGUCUGGGAUAAACUUGCCAGAGCCCGCGGUGCCCACCUGAAUGCCAUGGAAGGCAUCCCGAUGUUUGCCGCUGCAAUGCUGGCCGGUAAUCUGGCAAACCUUCCGGCAAAAGACCUGAACUGGUUUGCUUUGGACUAUCUGGGCGCUCGCGUACUAUAUACCAUGGCCUAUAUGGGCGUCAAAUCAGAAGCUGCAAGCUACCUGCGGACUGGGCUCUGGGCAUGGAGUAUCUCUAUUCCAAUUUUGGUUCUUCUCAAGUCGGCGAACGCUAUUCGGGGACAGGAAUAA